AUGAGCCGUCGCUCGCACUCCAAGCCCGCCGAGGCUGCGGCCGGCGUGCCUCCCACAAAAACCAUUGCCCAGCUGCGGAUGGAAGUCGAUCUGCUUGAGAACGCUAUCAAAGAUCGCAAACUCUUGUUCCUGGACCUGUGUGAGCAGAGGAGUGCGUCGGCGGCCGCGGACGAAGACGCUACUCGGGUGACGCCCCCCGAAGAUCCUCUGGAGGAGGCGCGCCGGCUCGCCAGCCGCAACGCGCUCCUGCGCGAUGAGCUCAAGGUUUUGGGCGCAAUAGAGAGGCAGUACGCGAAUGACCCGCGCGUGCGUGAUAAGCGCAAUGAAGUGCGACUGGUGCAGAUGCAGAUUGCACAGGUAGAGCGCGAGGUCGAUACGCUGCAGAUGGUGAAGAAGUGGCGCGACGAGGGUCUGCGCGCGAUCGGGCGCACAGAGGAGCAGACUCGACGCAUGCGCGGGCAGCAGAACGAGAUGAACUCGCACUUGAGGGAGGAGGUGCGGCAGCGAAUGGAGGAGCUGCGGGAGCUAGAAAAGACGGACAUGGAGGUGCAUACGCGGUUCGUGAGGCUGCAAGAUCAGGUGAAGCUGUCCGUGACAGACGCCGAUGUGCAACAGCUUCGACAAACACUAGAGGCGCAGAACGCGGAGAUCGAAAAUCUUUCCAGCAAGGAGGCGACGUGGCGGAAGCAACGCGCAUCGGUGCGCGAAGAGGACUACCGCGUAGUUGCGAAGCACAGCGGCGAAUGCGCGAAGCUCGCCGAGGAAGAAGAGCGCCUCCAAGAGCUGCUACGCCAAAAAGAAUCAGAGCUGAAGCGAAGCUACUAUCUGUUGAAGCGCUAUGGAACUGCACCCCGUGCACCGAUGAGCGACUGA